CUUUCGUUCGCUUUUCAUCACAUAGCUGGAUGGCUUACUUUGCUUCCAGUUAGUAUUCGUAACGAGAGCUACGUAUCGAAAUGGAAGCCAAACAGGAGCCAGUAUGUUUUGAUGAUGUUGCAGUUUACUUUUCGGAGGAAGAAUGGGAUCUUUUAGCAGAAUGUCAAAAGGAACUCUACAAGGAAGUCAUGCUAGAAAAUUACAACAUGAUAGUCUCCUUGGGCCAGCCAGCUGUAAUAUCGAAGAUGGAUCAUGGCUAUGAACCAUGGAUGAAUGAUUGUUGGGCAGUUGAUGACAGCACCAGAAAUGAUUUUUCCAUAAAUAAAUCUCAGAAGCACUCCACAAAAUUAGACACAUUAGGAGCUUUACAGUCAGCAAAUAAGAAGAGUGGUUUUCAGUCUGGCCCAAUACACACAGUUAAAAUGGAUGAAUAUCUUUCUAAGUCAGUGGGGAAAAAACAUGCAUUGGAUUUGAUAAAGAAACCUUUGGAGUGGAAUUUGAGUAAUCGCAAAGAGCUUAUAAUUUGUUUGUGUAGACUGAAAGAGGGCAUAUAUCCAUAUGUUUACAAUGUAAAAAGCUCAGGGAAAUCUACGAUUUACUCGAAGGUAUCAAAGUCGUGUACUAGUAAUACAAAAAAAGGCACAAAUCUAACCCAUUUACAAAAAAAGACAGUGAAAAAUGAGGAUGGUCGUAGAAGCUAUGACCUGAAUGUUAAUCUAAAAAGGUGUUCGGGUUGCAAAAGAACCCAUCCACUUACAAGGCCAUGUAUACAGAAGAAUAGAAAGAAAAUAAAAAGUGAAUCCCAGGGGUUUUCAGAGUUUGAAGAAGAUGAAAGAACAUUAAGUGAACAUAAAACAUACCCCGGUCUUAAGAAAUGUAUUAAAAAACAUAAAUUUGAAAAUAAAACAAAGAUUUCUAAGCACAACAAACGAAAUAAUAUUAUACAAAUGGCAAGUACAGUGCAGAUUAAAUGUAAUAAAUGUGGAACAAAGAGAUCAUCAAAAUCUUGUAGCUGCACUUAUCACACAAGUAGUAAAAAAGAUAGGAAAAUGAUAAAUCAGACACAACUCUCUUUAAGUGAUCAUGAAGCAAAUAUUAUAUAUGAUUACUCAGAUGAUUAUACAGAUGAUUUUGAUGCUUUAUUUAACAAUUCUGAAAGUGAAGAAGUUUCAUUUAUGAAUAAAUUAACCCAGAGUAGAAAAAAAUAUCAUAACAAAAACAAGAAGUGCGCUAGCGAUAAAAAAAUUGAAAAUAAUCUCAAUGUUGCUGGUAAACCAGCUGUUCAAAGCGUUAAAUCAUUUACUUCUAACCAGAAAAGAAUUAUGGACACAAAAGGCAGUAAUUCAAACAAGAUUGCAAAUACUGCUGGCACAAAUUAUAAUAAAUCAAUAAAAAUAAAAAAUUCUAAAGAUUCAGCAAUAUGUAAAAAGAAAAAGGAGGACUUGCUGGAACUGAGUCGAAAUCAAAUAGGACUGUCACAUAAAUAUUUAGUAAGCAGCGAGAUGGUGACUGGUCUAAAAAUAAGAAAAAUAGAUUGUCAACAAGAAAAUACAAUAAGGAGCAAUAAUUGCCAGCAAGGGUUGCCACUAAAAUGUUAUGAUGUCCCAGAGAGAGUGAGUAAUGGGGAGUGUCUAUCUGUUUGUUCAGUUAAACACAAAAACAUCUCUGGGGGGGUAAAAACGAACUCUCAGAUAAAUAACAUACUUCAGUCCUUUACUAGUUUGUUAAAUGAGGAGAUCUCCCCAAAAAAACAAGAACUGCAACAUUCACAGACAAGCAAACACAAUACAGAUUUUAGUGACACACUCUUUCAAGUGAAUUCAAAUUUAACAGGAAAACUUAAUGUGUAUAACAAGAAUAGUAAAUGUAAUAAUGAUGAUCAACUAAUUUCAAAGAAUACAUCACAAAGAUGCUAUGAUGAAGAUAAGAAAAGUAGCACAAGCUUAACCCAAGAUGCAAGCGUUAUGGAUGAGAGUAGAAAAAAAACUGUUAUCACCUAUCCAGGCAAAAAAUCAUGUACAUGUUAUUGUCAUGUUAAAUGUGUAAACAAAGAGUCAGAGGAAAAUAAAAAUGAAGAGACAGAAAAAAAUGGAGAAAAGUGUGGUUCUGGCCAUGAUUUAUUUUUCGAUAAAUCCGAAACGGUUGAAGUAUCCAUGGACAAUGAUAAUGAAGACCCCAAAAGGGAUGAAAGUAAAAUAAAAAUACCUAACUCGGUAGAGAGGGACGUCAACAAGAAACAAAGUUCCCCAACACAAAGCAUUCCAUCUCAAAAAUACAACCUUGGUAGGAGUUUACAAAAGCAGCAAAUCUUGACUAGCAAAGGAGAAAAUAUUAAAGAUGGCAAACCAACAAUGCAUAAAAUAAAUAUGAAUAGGAAGCGCAAACUACAUGUAAAGAAGAAAAAGUGUAAGAAAAUGUAUAAAAGUAAGUUGUCAGAUAACAAAUCUAAACGAGUGCAGGCAAGCUCACAGACUGAUGAUUGUGAGAAAUGUGGGACAAGAUUUAGCCCAAAGAUACAAAAAACAGGAUCCGAAAAGAAAAAGCAAAAUGAAAAGCCACUUUAUAGUAAUGAACAAAGCCAGGCUGAUGCAAUGGAUAUUCAGCACAAGCGUAGUUUGUGCUCUUCAUGUUGUAAGGGGGAUAUGAGUAAUAGGCCAAAAGCAGUCCCUGUUAAAGAUACCUAUUCAUGUUCUAAAUGUAGAAAGGAAUUUAACCAUCGUUCUGUUCUCAAAUUUCAUGAGCUAAGUCAUACAGAUGAAAAACCUUUUGCAUGUUCUCAGUGUGGGAAGAGGUUUGUUCAGCAUUCAAUACUUUUGUUGCAUGAAAAAGCCCACAUAACUAAUAAACCAUUUCAGUGUACGGAGUGUGGCAGCAUUUUUAAUGACAAAGAGCUAUUUCGUGCACAUCGGCAAACUCAUAAAGAAAAGAAGCCAUUUCAUUGUCUUGAAUGUGGAAAGUCUUUUGCUGAUAGAACUACUCUUGUUAUACAUCAACGAACACAUACAGGAGAAAAGCCCUUUAGUUGCAAAGAAUGUGGCAAAAGCUUUAGUCAACAUUCAUCACUUGUUUCCCACGAGAGAAUUCACACAGGAGAGACCCCAUAUCCAUGUCCAGAAUGUGAAAAAAAAUUCACUGACAGAUCAUCUUAUGUGAGUCAUAUGAGAACGCACACCGGAGAAAGGCCCUUUAAAUGUGAGGAAUGUGGCAAAAGAUUCUCUCAAAGCUCUAAUCUCCGCAGACAUGAAAGAAUCCACUCAGGACAGAAGCCACAUGCUUGUGAGGUGUGCGGAAAAACCUUUAAUUAUAUUGGCAGGCUAAUUUCACAUCGGGAUGUGCAUAUGAAGAAAUUAAUGAAAGGGGAUACGAUUGAAGAGAAAAAUGAUAUUUUAACAACCAAUUCACCUAAAGGAAGAAAGGAGAAAACAAAAUAGUGUUGUGUAUAUUUUAAUUAACUGAUCUGCAGCUAUUUUUCAAUUUUUUUAUUUAUUUACCAUGCAUAGUCCUACAUGGGAUAAUUUUGCUUAGAACAUCUAAAUACACAUGUUCUAUUGUUAAGCAAAUAAGUUAUUUAUGCUUCAAAAAUGAUCUGGAUUUGCAAGUGUUACAAUAGGAUAUAAAUAGCAUAACACUUCUAUGAAAUGUAUAAACAGGGUAGCAAAUAAAUAUGUUGGAAAUGUUGUUGUUUUUUUUUAGUUUUAUAUUGAAAGGUUUUAGAAAAACUGUUAAAAAAAUCUUUGUGUCUCAUUUGGAUACGUGUGUAUGCUUACCUAGGUUUAUUAGGCACAGGAACAUCUAUUUUUUUUUUAUAAUAAUUAUUUUAAAAUAUGGUCGCAUGGAAAUGUCUUUUAAAAAAAAAAAAAAAAAAAACUACCCAAAUUGGCCUUACAACCUUAGUAGUGUAACUGAUGUUUUAAACAAUAGAUAUAAAGUAUGCUCUGGGUUGGUGCCUAGACCGGGGAGAAUAUCUGUUCCCUUCCCACCUUUUUAUUUUAUUAAAUAACUUGGCACUUUUGAGUAGGCUUGACUCUUUUCCCUUUUUUUUUUUUGUCAUUUCAUUUAUUCAGAUUGUGCAGAGAAACUUGUACAAUCUGAAUAAAUGUACCAAUAUUAAUGCUGGCAUUAUAUGUUCAUUACUAUGCAUCUUCAUUUCAUUUAAAAUAAAAGCAAGAGAUACAAAAGGUCUAAUACGUAGUUCAAAUAAUCAUGCAAUUUAAAAAUACCUACUCCAGAAAUUCAUUAGAGCAAAACAUGUUAAUCCAUUAACGACAGAUGUACCCUUUACGUUGCAUGUCCUUAAGGUAUUUUUAGCCCUGUAAUAGCGUGGCAAGAUGCAAUAUUACUACAUGCCUCACUCCAGAAAGCAGUGUGGUCUCACCUCUUGGCAAGAGCCACACCAUUUAACCCCAUAAUUUGUAAAAUAUAGCCGGCGUACAUUAGCUGUAGUUAGGGAGCUAAAGGGACAGUAAAUGCUUAUAGAUUACAUAAGAUGUUUAUGUAUAGUAAAAUAAAUAUACUUUCAUUAUUUAUUCUGUUAUUUUCCUGUAACUAUGAAAAUUUCAAGUGCACAUUGCAGGCAGCACAAGCCUAACUUUGCCACAUAUAUUUUACUAAUUGGACUCCGCAAAGAUUAUCAGAUGAGAAACUGCGAAACAGUUUGACUUUUGCAAACAAAAUGACUGUGGCAAAGCAACAUGAAAUCGUAAUUUAUAUAUUGUUUAAUAUCCUCUUUAAAUGACUUAAAAGUUCAAAAAGAAAAUUCUAAAAAAGGUUGUUUAUAUGCAAGCAACAGAGCAAAAAUACCUGCCAAGAGGUUAAAUGUAUUGUUAAAAUCUGCAAUACACUAAUAGAAUCUAGCUGAACAUAUCGGGUGAACCGAUGACAAGAGGCAUGUGUGUAGCUACCAGUCACCAGCUAGCUCCCAGUAGUGCAUUGCUGCUCUUGAGCCUAACUAGUUAGGCUUUUCCGCAAGGCAUACCAAGACAACAAAGUCAAUUUAAUAAUAUAAAUACAUUGAAAGCAUGUGCUUGACAAAUAUGUUCAAAAUCUAGGAGCCAGGCAUUUUAUUUUGUUUUUUGAUGUGUGUGUGUAUGUGAAAAUAAGUUAACCUAAAUCUGUAAGUAAAGGAAGAAUCCUUACAAAA